CCUUCCGUCGCCACGCUAUCUGUCAUUCUACCUCGACGCGGACAGAAACAGAAGACGAGAAAGGGAGAGAAAUCUGCUCCCGGCUUCGUUUCCGUCAACGGAUCCUGAUCCAUUUCUCCCACCAAAGGAUACGAGGACACAGCUGCUUCGUUGAUUGCUCCAUCCGUCGUCGAGGCAAAGGAUCAGCAGCCAAUUGUCGUGAUAGACACGAUUCAGCUAUGCAGAGCCAAAUUGUUUGCUGCGGAUGCAGGAGUGUCCUUCUUUACCCAAGGGGAUCGAUGGAGGUGCGUUGUGCGAUAUGCAGCACAGUCACCCGAGCUGCUCCAGGAAUGGAUAUGGCUCAAUUGUUAUGUUGUGGCUGUCGAACAAUGUUAAUGUAUGCUCGUGGUGCAACAAGUGUAAGAUGUUCCUGCUGUAACACAAUCAAUCACACUAUAUCAGCAAAUCAAGUUUCUCAUGUGAACUGCGGCAAUUGUCGUACAACACUGAUGUACCCAUAUGGAGCGUCAUCUGUCAAAUGUGCAAUUUGCCAUUACAUUACUAAUGUUGGGAUGCCAAAUAUGAGAAUUCCUGCCCCUGAAGCACCAAGGCCCAAUGAGACUGCACCUAUCCGGCCAUCAACAUCACAUUCUUCUCGAGUUCCAAAUACAACAGUUGUGGUUGAAAAUCCCAUGACAGUGGACGAAAGUGGAAAACUGGUGAGCAAUGUUGUUGUUGGAGUCACUACGGGGAAGAAAUAAGAUUGGGCUUGUUGUGUAGAACAAUUAUGUGUUUAUACCUUUGUUGCGUAAAAAGAAUGGAGUUUCGCCAUCAAAGAACUCAGAUUUUUUUUAUUGAUUGUGAUGCAUUGUUUGUAAAAAUUUAACAGUCUACCCGUCUAUAGUGUUCGAUGACUUCGAUCUCAAUGGUGAAUGUUCCUGGGUGGUGCGUAAUGUGCAUACCUAAUUAUUUACGGCAGGAUGUAGAAUUCUUGAUAAUUCCAUGUGUAUGCGUUGAUGAUGAGCCAUUAUUAUCUUAAGAUUGUUCUCUUAA